GUGCCCGUCGCGACAGGGAGUGGCGGAGGCGCGCUCCGGAGGAAUGCGGCCCGAGAUCGAGAGGCAUCAGGAGCGAGCUGCCCGAACCGGUGUUUAUUGGGGUUGGAGCCUGCGCGCUGACCCGAUGUGAUGAUGUACUCAGGCUUUGCUGGGAGACUGUACAAACAAAGGCAAAAACAGCUUGGGGCAGGUAAACAUGACCAGGCCUUCAAAUACCUCGGGCAGGAUUUUGAGACGCUGCGCGAUGACUGCCUCUCCCGAGGGUAUCUGUUCGAGGAUCACCAUUUCCCUGCGGGUCCCACCAGCAUCGGCUACAAGGAGCUGGGCCCACACACCUCCAAAACCCAUGGCAUCUGCUGGAAAAGGCCAACGGAAAUAUGCUCCAACCCACAGUUCAUCCUGGACGGAGCGACACGCACUGACAUUUGUCAGGGAGGUUUGGGUGACUGCUGGCUGUUGGCGGCCAUUGCCUCCCUGACUCUGAAUGAGAAGAUCCUACAUCGAGUGGUACCUCAUGGCCAGGGCUUCCAGCACCAGUACUGUGGAAUCUUCCAUUUCCAGUUCUGGCAGUUUGGCGAAUGGGUAGAGGUGGUGAUCGAUGACCGUCUCCCGGUGAAAGAUGGAAAGCUGGUGUUUGUGCACUCGGCAGCGAGGAACGAGUUCUGGAGUGCCCUCCUGGAGAAAGCCUACGCCAAAUUAUGUGGCUGCUAUGAAGCCCUCGCGGGAGGAAGUACAUCAGAAGGUUUUGAAGACUUCACGGGAGGAGUGACCGAAAUGUAUGACCUCUGCAAAUCGCCCUCUGACCUUUACCGAAUUAUCCAAAAGGCUCUGGAACGAGGCUCCCUCAUGGGCUGCUCCAUCGAUAUAACCAGCCAGUUCGACAUGGAGGCGGUGACAUUCAAGAAGCUGGUCAAAGGUCAUGCUUACUCCCUCACUGGUGCCCAAGAGGUACGUGCCCGGGGAGGUUUGAUUAAAUUGGUACGUCUGCGAAAUCCCUGGGGGGAGGUCGAGUGGACUGGAGCUUGGAGUGACAGGUCAAACGAAUGGAACAGUGUGGACCCCUCGCAGUGCAGCUCCAUGAGAGUGAAGCUGGAGGACGGGGAGUUUUGGAUGUCCUUCGCUGACUUCCUCAGAGAAUUCAACCGCUUGGAAAUUUGCAACUUGACACCGGACACACUGAAAGCGGACAAGGUUCACAAGUGGAGCACCUCCCUGUACGAGGGCUCCUGGAGGCGUGGGAGCACUGCCGGAGGCUGCCGGAAUUAUCCAGCCACUUUCUGGAUAAACCCGCAGUUUAAGAUUGAACUAAAGGAGGAGGAUGAUGACCGUGAGGGAACUGAACCAGGCUGCAGCUUCCUGGUCGCUCUGAUGCAGAAAGAUCGCCGCAAACUGCGCACCGCAGGCCAGGAUAUGGAGACCAUCGGCUUCGCCAUCUAUGAGGUCCCCCCCGAGUACAUCGGACGCUCCGCUGUUCACUUGAAGCGGGAUUUCUUCCUGACCCAUGGCUCCCAAGCUCGUUCCGAGAUGUUCAUUAAUCUCCGGGAGGUCAGUAGCCGGUUCAAGCUGCCCGCUGGGGAGUACAUCAUCGUCCCCUCGACCUUCGAACCCAACAAAGAGGCCAACUUCUGCCUGAGGGUCUUCUCUGAAAAGCGCUCUCUCUCUGAAGAGCUCGAUGAUGAAAUCAGUGCUGACCUUGAACAGGAGGAGGAAGUCCCUGAGCAUGCGAUAGAUGAAAAGUUCAAGAGUCUAUUCAGGCAAUUAGCUGGCGAGGACUUGCAGAUCACGGUGAAUGAGCUACAAACAAUUCUUAAUCGUGUGGUUGGAAAACACCAAGACCUGAAGACGGAAGGUUUCAGUCUGGAUUCCUGCCGAUGUAUGGUCAAUCUCAUGGAUCGGGAUGGGAAUGCGAGGUUGGGCCUGACAGAAUUCAAUGUGCUGUGGAACAAGAUUCGCAAGUGGUUGGGAGUUUUCCGACAGUUCGAUCUGGACAAAUCCGGGAGCAUGAAUGCCUAUGAGAUGAGGCUGGCCUUGGAGUCUGCAGGCUUCAAACUGAACAAUCACAUGCACAAUCUGCUCAUCACACGCUACGCAGAACCUGACCUCUCUGUCAACUUUGAUAGCUUCAUCUGCUGUUUAAUCCGCUUGGAGAGCAUGUACAGAUCCUUCAUGAUGCUGGAUACAGACCGGGAUGGUAUUGUCACCUUUGAUGUGUAUCAGUGGCUCACAUUGACCAUGUUCGCUUGAGAACAACGCUGCAAAGCUUCACCUCCUAAUGCUACGCCCCACACCAAGUGCCUUCUGCAGUUCAGGCAAGGGAUACCAGUUUUGCCCUGUAUCUUGCAAACGUGUCCAGCCUCCUGGCGAUUAUUGCCCCCCACCCCCCCCCCCCAACUCUCCCGCUACCAGCUAACGCCCCUCCUGGCUGCAGCUAUGUUUUAUGCCAGAGUUGGUGCCAAGUUUCCAGCUGAUGUGUUAUGACUGUGUACAUGUCUGUUUUUUUUUUAAAACUAUUGUUUGUGAAGGGCUGCCAAACUUUUUACAGGAAGUUCGAAUAAAAUCUAUCGACAAAAUAAAACUGCGUUG